AUGCUUCCACAGACAUACAGACAGUACGUUGUCCGUGACCCGUCGGAAGAGGCGGGCAGGAAUGGAUUCUCGUCCCUCGCUCUCGAAUCUGUCGCGAUGCCGGCCAUCGGGGAGAAAGAAGUUUUGGUCCGCGUCCACGCGGUGAGCCUCAAUUUUCGCGACAUCAUGAUUGCAACGGGGACGUACAUCUGGCCUGUCACGAAUGGCCUGGUCCCGUGCUCUGAUGGUGCGGGCGAAGUAGUUGCGAUAGGCUCUGCGGUCACGCGAGUUCGCGAGGGCCAGCGCGUCAUGGCGACGUUUCACCAGACGCACAUCUCGGGGCCAGUGACACCGGAGGAUGUGAAGAGUGGCCUCGGAGCAUCAUUGGACGGCACCUUGCGAGAGUACGCCGUGUUCCCGGAAGACGGAUUGGUUUUGGUGCCGUCGAAUCUCGACAUGUUCGAGGCCAGUACCCUUCCCUGCGGCGGAUUGACCGCCUGGAAUGCUCUAACCGGGGCAUCUCGCAAGGUUACACAAGGGGAUGUCGCUGUAGUGCAAGGAACGGGAUCCGUCAGCAUUUUCGCCGCCCAAUUCGGCAUUGCCAGUGGCGCGAAAGUAAUUGCAACUACUAGCUCGGAGGCGAAAGAGGAGCGACUCCGCCAACUAGGGGUUCACCACACCAUCAACUACCGCCAGCGUGAAGAGUGGGCGGACGAGGUGCGACGGAUCUCGCCACGUGGCGCAGAUUACGUGGUAGAGAUAGGUGGGCCAGGCACAUUCGAGCAGACGCUCAAGUCGAUCGCCAUGGAUGGAGUCAUUUCUGUCAUCGGGCAACGUACCGCCCAGGCCGGCGCCAAGAGUCAGAAUCAGCUGCUUCUCUCCGAUGUCUUCCGGCAUCCGUGCACGAUGCGCAGGUUCAUGGUCGGGAGUCGGGAUCAAUUCGAAGAGAUGAACGACUUCAUCGCCAAGGUGGGGCUUAAACCGAACGUUGACGCACCUGUUUGGGACUUUGAGGACGCGCCCAAAGCUUUUGAACAUCUUUGGGCGCAGAAGCACUUUGGCAACGUUGUGAUCAGGGUUUUCCGGGAUGGGAGGUAG